AUAAAAUUCACUCUCAUUGCCCCGAAAAAACCAUGAUCUGCAUCGAGCUUUUAAAAUCGGACAGUGAAUCGAUCUGUUCUGUACACCUCUGUCUCUGUCUCUCUCUCUUCAUUACUCGACACUCGACAUCUCGCGAGCGUGCAUAGCUCCACGAGGGCCGAACCAUGUCGUCGUCGUGUUACAGGCGGCUACCCGCCGCCGCCGGCCCCUCGAAGAGCCUCGCCGCGCCGUCCACCUCCUCGUGGCGCCACGCGACGGAGCCCCCCCCGUGGCUGCGUCCCCGCCACACGGAUCGGUGGCCGAGGAUCGCCCUGCGAUCGCCGAGCCGGUCCCGGUCCGAUUCGUGGCUCGCGGCGGCGGUCGCGCGGCGGGAGGGGGAGGGAUCGUGCGGCGCCGGCGACGGCGAUGGCGACGACGGGAGGAUCGGGAAGGAGAGGCCGAGGGCGGCGGGGCCGUGCCGCUACGCGGUGGGGAGAGCGAGGGGGCGGGAGCGGCGGCGUGGAUCGGGCGGUGGGGAGCCUGUGGAGGUGGGGGUGGACAGGAGGAAGGCGGAGGUGGCGGCGGCGGCGGCGGCGACGGUGGUGCUGGGGGUGGGGAACCGCGUGCUGUACAAGCUGGCCCUGGUGCCUCUCAAGCAUUACCCCUUCUUCCUCGCGCAGCUUGCGACCGUCGGGUAUGUAGUUGUCUACUUCUCUAUCUUGUAUCUGCGGUACCAUGCUGGCAUUGUCACGGAUGAGAUGCUUUCGAUGCCAAAAGCUCCUUUUGUUGCAGUUGGCAUGUUGGAGGCUCUGGCUGCUGCUACCGGAAUGGCAGCUGGAGCAAUUCUUUCUGGAGCAUCGAUUCCGGUUUUGUCUCAGACAUUUCUGGUGUGGCAAAUUCUCCUGUCCACUAUUUUUCUUGGGAGGAGAUACAAAGCCAAUCAAAUAUUUGGGUGCUUCCUUGUAGCUGUUGGUGUGAUCAUUACUGUAGCAAGUGGAUCUAGUCCUGGUCAUUCGCUGAAGGAAGCCGGUAUAUUUUGGAGUCUUUUAAUGAUCGCUUCUUUUCUGUUUCAAGCUGCCGAUACUGUAUUAAAGGAAAUAAUUUUCUUGGAUGCAGCUAAGGAUUUAAAGGGAGGGUCUGUUGAUCUGUUUGUUGUAAAUUCUUAUGGAUCUGCUUUCCAGGCCUUGUUCAUAUUCCUCCUCCUCCCUUUCUUGUCAAAAUUAUGGGGUGUUCCUUUUAGUCAGCUGCCAAAUUAUAUUAGAGAUGGCACAGCCUGUUUUUUGAACAUUGGCCAAUUAUCAAGUGGAUGUGAUGGAGCUCCACUGCUACCUUUACUCUUUGUUGUGGUGAACAUGGGGUUUAACAUAUCGUUGUUGCAUCUUCUGAAGAUCUCGUCCGCGCUGGUAUCUUCGCUGGCCUCUACAUUUUCAGUGCCCAUAUCCGUGUAUGUCUUCACAUUGCCAUUGCCGUACCUGGGGGUUGCGUCCUCACUCCCACCGGGUUUUGUUGCUGGUGCCAUCGUCCUUGUGUUGGGCUUACUCAUUUAUGCGUGGUCACCAUUAACAACGCCUGCUAGCCAUUGACUAUUCUUAUCCAUAAUUCGACGACAUGCCACCGGCCAUCUUCAUCAGCAGUGUGGGCACUAAUCAAGAGUGGUUGAUUUAGCUGACCAACGGCGACGAAUAACAAAGACGAAGAUUGCCAAUUGCCAUUGUAAGCACCAAAUGUGUCAAAAGCAAUGGAUUUCAUGUUCUAGGUAGAUGGGGAAAGAAGAGCCGUUCCCGUGCAUCCGAGUCGCUGUUGAACAAGACUUCACCUCGAAGUCUGAUUCAGUGAGUUCUGUGGGCAGGGGCUAGCUCAUGCGUCUCGCUAGGCGAGGCUUAAUAGUCUAAUUGUACGUUGUACUGAGUCCAUGUUUGGAUCCGCCGAAAUGUGGUUUUAUCUAUCAGCUUACAUGGUAAGAAAUUGGGAUGAUGCUGUGGACGGGACAGCAACUUCUGGUUCUGCCGCGGCAGACUCUUAUGAAUUUCGCGUCCUGAGGACA